UCGGCGGGGCCGGGCGGGGAGCGAGGAUUUGCAUUUUGUAGCAGUGAAAGCGUUGCUUUUAUUUAGAAUUGAGAGUGCUGUGAAUCCCUCACAAAAAGCAAGUUGAGCAGCCACGUCUCUGACCUGGUGGUGCUUGUGUGGUUCUGGCUUCACUCGUGGGUGUUGUGAGGUGUUGACUUCGUGUCUUUUCUGCAUCAAGUUUAGGUUAAUAAAGGCCUUUGGUCGUCGUUGUUAGCUCCCCUCCAUCCCCCAGGUCUUUCCUGAAGGCCCUUCCCUGCUUUGUUUGUUUUGUAAUGUGUGGAUUUGUUUUGCAGGAAUCCAAAGAGAUCCUUAUUUUUAUCCUUAUUGUUGUGCCCUAGGAAGCCAGGCCAUGCCCCUUACGUCUACUGGGCUGUUUGAUUGCUCUGCAAACACUGAGGGGUGGUAAUAAGCUUUCUUUCAAGCAUAUGCUCAUAUGUCAACACUUUUGCUUUGUCAGAAGCUUAAAAAUGGAAACAGUGUUCUCUUUAAGAAAACAGGACCCAAAUAAGGAGAUGAUGGAGUGGCGAGGAUUCCUCCAGUGAGUCUGUUCCAGCUCAUUCCUUAGAAAGGCUGCGUGUGAAAGAUAGAGCAGAGGCCCACAGAUCUGGGUUUUGUCCAGGGGUCUCCGGGUUUAAAGCUCCCCACAGCCCCCUGAGCUCAGUUUCCCUGUGACCUGGCUGGGCGCAACUUCUUUCUCUGCCCCCAAAAUCUAAAGCUUUACUCUUCAGAACUCUCUUGGUUGCGUGACAAACUCAACCUAUCCCUUAGCAAAAAUGGAAGCGAUCAAGAAAAAGAUGCAGAUGUUGAAGCUGGACAAGGAGAAUGCAAUUGAUAGAGCAGAGCAGGCUGAAACGGAUAAGAAGGCAGCUGAGGACAAAUGCAAACAGGUAGAGGAUGAGCUGGUAGCUCUGCAGAAGAAGUUGAAGGGAACUGAAGAUGAGCUGGAUAAAUACUCAGAGGCUCUGAAAGACGCCCAGGAAAAGCUGGAGCAGGCUGAAAAGAAGGCCACGGAUGCGGAGGGCGAGGUGGCCGCCCUCAACAGACGCAUCCAGCUCGUGGAAGAGGAGCUGGAUCGCGCCCAGGAGCGGUUGGCCACAGCCCUGCAGAAGCUGGAGGAGGCCGAAAAAGCAGCGGAUGAGAGUGAGAGAGGAAUGAAAGUUAUUGAGAACAGAGCCAUGAAAGAUGAAGAGAAAAUGGAGAUUCAGGAAAUGCAGCUGAAGGAGGCCAAGCAUAUUGCUGAAGAAGCCGACCGCAAAUACGAAGAGGUUGCCCGCAAGCUGGUGAUCUUGGAGGGCGAGCUGGAAAGAGCUGAAGAGCGCGCGGAGGUGUCCGAAGUUAAAUGUAGUGACCUUGAAGAGGAGCUGAAGAAUGUCACUAACAAUCUGAAGUCUUUGGAAGCUCAAUCUGAAAAGUACUCGGAAAAGGAAGACAAGUAUGAAGAAGAAAUCAAGAUUCUCUCUGACAAGCUGAAAGAAGCUGAAACUCGUGCUGAAUUUGCUGAGAGAACGGUUGCCAAACUGGAAAAGUCCAUUGAUGAUCUGGAAGACAAACUCGCUCAAGCAAAGGAGGAGAACCUGGGGCUGCACCAGACGCUGGACCAGACGCUAAACGAACUGAACUGUAUAUGACCCCGAGCGGAACCCCGCGGCCGGGAAACGUCACCCGCGCUCAGCGCGCGCCCGCUCCCCUUUCUCUCUCUGUCCCCCGGCGGAACCGAGCUCGGGGCGGCUCCGCGCUCCUGAGGGCACCGCCCCCCCGCGGCCGCCGCGCGCAUUAAACGGUUUCUCGCA